AUGAAGGCUCUGGGGUUCCUUCUUACCGCCGGCCUAGCGACGGCACGCAUCCACCUCCCACGCCAAAUCGGCAUCAACAACCUCAACAUCAGCAACAGCGGCGCCUCUAGCUUCAACUUGGCAGACUUCAACCUAGGGGAGCUGGGUCUGGAUGGCCUGGAAGUGGGCGGCCUGAAUCUCGGCACCGUCGACCUCGGGAACCAGGACGUCAUCGCAGAGGCCAUCUUGGCCAUGCUCGGCGGCUUCUGUCUGGGCAAUACCCUCGACCGGAACAAUAUCCUGAGCUUUGGGUUCAACAACGAUGUCGAUUUGUUCUUCCAGCUUGCGCAGCUGAUGCAGCUGGAGCAGCUGGGGUUCUUGGAUCUGGGCGGUAUCCAGUCGCUGUUUAACAACGGGCAUGUCCUGGGCGGGUUCAACCUGGGCGUCUUCAAGCGCGAAGUAGCCGAGGCCAAGAAGACCAUGAAGCGCACCAAGCUGCGACGCGGCCGGAAGGCUAAGCGGCAGUGCGCCACGGGAGGCGUGGACGCGGUGGGCGCGGUGGGAGCAGGCAACUCAGGGGCUGCUACCAACGACGGCACCUUCAACAUCGCCACGGCCCCCCCGGACACAUUCGCUACGGUAACCACGACAGCCGCCGAGGCCGGCUUCACCAUCGCCACGGUCCCCGCGGACGAGGCCGGGGUCACCAUCGCCACAGCCGUAGCAGCCGCCGACAUCUCAUCAUCCCCCGCGGCAUCAGUGCCCUCAGCCACCGCCUCGACGUCGGUUGCUGCAGCCAGUGCUACCCAGGCGAUAGCCGCAACCUCGGCGGUCGUGGCAAGCCCCAUUGCAACUAUGGUGGCACCCGCUUCUGCCAUUGAUGCGGUAGCAUCGGGUGCUCUCUCGGCUGCCACUACUACUGCCGCCCAACAAGUCGCCGUGAGCGCUAUCCCUGCGGCUGCGGCGUCUGUUGCGCCUGUUGCUGGUUGGGGUUGA